AUGGGUACUAAACCGCUACAGUUAUGGGAUAAAAAAAUUGUGGAUGACGAGGGAAUUAAGCGUCGUUUUCGAGCUAGCAACUAUCAAAGCACCACCCGUGUGAAACCAUUCAUUUGCACAAUGCCUCUACGUUUAGAUGAGAAUUGGAAUAACGUUUAUUUCAAUAUGGCUGAUUUCACGAAGCGAGCUUAUGGGACCAACUUUGUGGAGGUUUUGCGCAUCCAGAUUCAUGCCAACUGUCGAAUACGACGCAUUUAUUUUUGUGACCGUAUCUACUCAGACGAUGAGUUGCCUGCGGAGUUCAAACUGUAUCUUCCAGUACAGGCCAACCGCGCAAGUUGA